UGAGCAGGCGUGAGGGUGCAGAGAGAGAGAGAGAUUCAUGGAAAAGGGUGUGAAAUAGGAGAUUGUUAUGAAAUCCAGAAUUCAGGUUGUGUUCAGGCUGUUAAUACCGGCUUGGCACUAAAUGGAGAGUUUUUUAAAAGGUGAGUGAGAUUUAUUCGCGGCAUCAACUUGGGCGGGACGUUUGAUGCGAUGAGAUAAGAUGAGACAAUAGUACUUAAUUAAAUUGAAAAUGUCCACGUUUUUUGUGGCAUGCGGACUAUGAGCUCUGCACCGUUCUGUAAAGUCAUUACAUAGAAAGAAAGCAAGAGAAGGAAAGAAUAUCAGUUUUCUAAGGACUAAUGGGAAACUGCACCAAUCCAGUGAAACACAAAAUAACAAAGGACAGGGAUCUCCGUCCAGAAGAGAUAGAAGAGCUGCGGGAGGCUUUUAAAGAGUUUGAUAGGAAUAAAGGCUACAUCAGCUGUAAGGACCUUGGCGAGUGCAUGAGGACUAUGGGAUACAUGCCGACCGAGAUGGAGCUCAUCGAGCUGAGUCAGCAGAUCACCGGAGGCAAAAUCGACUUUGAAGACUUUGUGGAACUGAUGGGCCCUAAAAUGCUUGCAGAAACUGCAGACAUGAUUGGAAUGAAAGAAUUAAGGGACGCCUUCAAAGAGUUUGACUCAAACGGCGACGGGCAGAUCAGCAUUAGUGAACUGAGGGAGGCCAUGAAGAAACUGAUGGGUGAGCAGCUGAACCCGAGGGACAUCGACGAUAUCAUCCGGGACGUGGACCUCAAUGGGGAUGGGCAAGUGGAUUUUGAAGAGUUUGUGAGGAUGAUGUCACGUUGAUGGAUAAUCAUGGAGGACCGACCAUACAUAAUCUCUUUAAUAGUGCUGGAAUAAUGUAGCUAUGACUGUUUUUUAAUGUAAUUAAAUAAUGAUCAGAUUUAUUUUUUCAGUUUAUCUGUAUGUUAAAUUAAUUAUUUAAUAAAGUAAGUUACUGUGGUUUCAUAAUAAAUUAAAUGGAGCUAAGCAGUUUUAUUGCAAAUAUGGUUCAAACAAAUAAUUAUGCUAAUGUGUUUAAAAAGCAGUGCUCUAAUUAA